AUGCGUCUUGCACGUGACCGAGAACAAAAAAGGGAAAAAAGAAAAGCCAGAACUGCUGAAGAACAAGAAAUGCAUAUUGAACAUGAACACAAUCAAAAACAAAAGAAAGUAGAUAUGGAAACUACUACUGAGCGAGAAGAACGUCUUGCACGUGAUCGUAAUCGAAAAAAAGAAAAAAGAGCUGCUGAAACUGUUGAAGAACGAGAAUUACGUCUUGAACAUAGGCGUAACAAUUGGAAAAAAAAAAGAACUACAGAAACCACUAAUAAAUAUAAUGAACACAAUUGUGAAUAUCUAAGCUCAGAAACUGAUGAAGUCUGA